CGUCUGGCGCGUAGACAUGAAUUUGAGUGCACGGAACGAAUGUUUACAUAUUGGAGAAUUGUAUAAUUCAACAAGUGGCUAGAAUUGCAUCAUGGAACGACGAAUUUCACAUAAAGAGAAACCACUUUUCAGUAACUGAAUUUCCAAGAAUUGGAAACAACGAACAGAAUGGGUCCUUUUAGCCAAGGUGCUUUACUUGAGGCGAAUAUUGCCACACUGUGCAGAAGAUUUAGGUUUCAUGAAGUAGAAGAACAUGUGCUGCCUAUUUUUCGCAAAGUCACUUGGAACCAAGUUUUGUAUUCGCUAAAGAGGCAUAGGAAAACUCUUAGUUUAGUGAAUAUUGCACUAGCACUGAUUGCAUCAGCAAAGGAUGAGCCUUUUGCAUUCCUGGAGGACAUGUAUUUCGAACUGUACCUCACACAUAAAAUUGUACACAGUAAAAGUUACACUUGGAAUGCAUUUAAAAUGAUCGGAGGUCAAGGGAACGCUGGCCUAGUGACAGAAAUGCAGAUUUCUGAAGCACUGAAGAACUCAUUCAGAUCGUUAGCUCAUGCACCAAGAAUUAAAGUAAAGUUGUUUGGUUCACUCUCUUGGAUCAUGAUUGUACAGAAGAAACAAAAGCCUUCUGGCACAGAGUUUGAGCAGCAGCCAUUCAUUUGUGCAUAUAUCCCUGGUGAACCAUAUUUCUUUGCUUCACAAAAAAAUGUAAAAACAAACAUUUCAGAUGGGCUAUUGUCUACAUUUGGGUACAGGAGAUUAAAUGACUGCAAACUGUCAGCUCCUGAUAUUGCAUCAAUGGUAACACUGCUAAGAAAUAAAGCUGCUAAAGCGUUUGAUGCUCAUUCAGCUCAACAUUCUAUUGCUCCAUACUCUCCAGGGCCAAGUGUGGCAACAGAAGAUGGCAUGGAUUUUACUGAUGAACAGUGGAAGAUAAAUUAUGUCAAUAUUGUUUUUGGAAAAGAUUGUCCUGUGAUGAAAAAGUUCACUAUUAAGGAGGUGGGGCCCAUUGUGAAGGUCAGGCAAAUGUAUCGAACCGAAUUUACCAUUCAGUCAAAUGAUGUAUUUCAGUUUCUAAAAGUAUUACUUGUGAGAGGUAUUCUUAAAAUGCCGUUAUCACCAUAUAUUGAAAGACUAAUAACCCUUGGGAAAAAUACAAUAAUAAUAAUGCCUCGAAAUAAUAUUACAUCACAAGUGGAAGAUCAACGCUGAAUUGAUACACAAAGUACUAGUGUAUACUUCCUUGAAAGAUGUGCUGCCCAUUUAAUUAAUGACAGUAACAGUCUUCCGUGCUAUACACUUGAAAAUGUUAUUCACUAGUAGUUAGCAAAUACUGAUGUACACUUUUUUGAAAAAAUGUUGUCAUGAAGCUGCAAAUGUGUAUUGAUUGAAGUCCAUAGAUUUUAGUUGAAAAUUCUGGAUUAUUGUAUGAUCAGCUAAUAAUGUGAAGCACACUUAAGUAAUAAUUAGGGUAUGUAUGACUGCCUUUUUAAUAAAAGACAAAGCCUUCCAAAGAAUGGAGUGAGGGGUUGGUGUGUAGUGAUGCCAUUAUGUUUUAAAAAUUAUGGCAAUGAAAUUUCAUUGGCUGUGUAUAAAUUAAGGCAUAAAGAAUAAUAGAGGUGUUGAGUUUUGAGACACACAGACAAGACCAAGAACUUAGAGAAAACAUGCACAAACGACUAAGUAGUGGCAGCAGACUACAUGAGGCCAUGACACCAGCUCGAUUGGAGUGAGGGGUUGUAUGGUGUGAUGUGGGUGACGGGAGAAAGGAGACAGGGAGUGGGAGGGAGGGUUGAGGAAGGUUGGCAAAUGGCUGCAAAGGAGAGGCAGCAGGUGCAUAGGAAAGGAAUGCAGAACAAGCACAGGCAUCAACGUUGGUGAGCACAGGCAAUGCGAGAUGACGUUAAGGAGUUGACUGGGAGGGGGAGCUGAGCAGAGGAAGACUGGGGUAGAGCUUGUGGCUACAGGAUGAACGAAGUUAAGAUCCUGGGGUAUAUGUGGAUGUGGAGGUGCUUGUAGAGCAGGGGGCUAGCAGAGAUCUUGGCUGGGAGGAUUGCAAGAUUGAAAGGUGUACUGCAAGUCAACUCCCACUACAUAAGUGAGAGAAGCUGGUGUUACGGAGAAGAAUCCACAUAGUGUGUGUUGUGCUCAGCAUCCUGUUCCUCCUGUAGGAUAUAAACACUGUCCUUGGCCACUUUUGUGCCAGUGUCCAGUCAUUUGGAUGGACAGUUAACUGGGUGUCAUGAUGCCAUCAAAUGCCUUUUGGAUGACUUUGCAUGUUUAAGUCUUCUAAGAGUUGUCAGCUCUCCUCCUCAAAUUAUUGUUUCACAAAUCAAAGGCUGAUGCACUUGAACAAGGUGUGAAGUGUCUGAAUUACCUUUAAAAAUGUAAAAUGAACUUUCCUACAAUCUCAUCAUCUCACACUUGAUACAUGAUGCAUGGUGGUACUUAAAGUGCUGCAAAGUGUGUUUAAGGUGUGAUGUACAAACAGUGUUAAUGAUGGCAAUGGAUACGGGGUUCCAUUCUCUUGACUGUCACUGUAGUGAGCCAAUCAACCAAUAGAUCUUCAGUGCACUGCGACAUCUUAGUUGCUAGUGAGCACCAUGGGAGCAAUAUUAGGUUUCAAUAUUGGUGUGCUCCUCAUCCCUCAGCCCUACAUACUGGUCAAAAAAUUUACCAAGUUCCUUAUACUUUGAGCUCUUUCCAUGAGUUUGUGCAAUGACUAGCUCACGAAUAUUAAAUUUGGGUUCCUAUCUAUCUAUUAUUGGCAUUAAUCUGCAGUCUGCUUCCAACAAUUUCCUAUUUAGGCUUGCUUCAGGUACCCUAACAGCCAAAAAGUUUAUAUCUUAACUUCAAAAUCAACCAAUCUUCUAAUGAAAUCAGAACAGUGUGGGACAUAAUUAGGAGGGAAACAGGUGCCCACUGUGCCAGUAAAACUGAAGACAUCAUCUUAUAUAUUGAUGAUAAUUGUAUAAGCAACCAAGAGAUAAAUGUAAAACUCUUCACUGACAAUUUCUUUAUUAUUGCUGAGCAAAUAGGCUACAAUGGCUCCUUAGAAAGUGCCAUUCAGAUACUGAAACACCAUUUUCCUAAUCCUAUAAGGGAUAUAAGGGUAUCCUCCCAGAACUAGAAAUGAAAUGACUAAAAUCAUUGCCUCUUUGGAAAGCAAAGGAUCAUCAGAUGUAGAAAAUAUUUACAGCAAACUUCUACAAGUAUGCUCAGAUUAAUUAUGUAAAGUUUUGGCACACAUAUUUAAUGGUUUUGUAUAUCAGGUGUGACAUUACCUAAUAGUUUUCAGCUGAGUUAUAGCUCUCAAACUGGCAGUCCACACGAGUAAACCAUCUGCUAAUUUAUCCUCAGAUGCAGAGACUGCCUUUGUUUUAUGGGCUACCAAAGAUCCAGAAAACAGGUUGUGUUUGUCCCGUUUUGAACACUAUUGGGUCACCAACUUACAGACUGGCAAAACAUGAUGUGUGCUUCACAUCAAGAACAUUGGUGAUUUCAU